GCAAAGGCGGAGGGAGGGAGGGGGCGGGGCUUUCCCUGCUCACGUGACGCCGCGGCGGCGGCGCCAGCCAAUAGGGGCGCGCCGAGGCUUCCGGCGGGUUUUGAAUGCAUUCUGAGUCCAAGAAGUAUGAGGAAGAGACACCUUCUCUGCACUGGGGGAUGGAUCCUGUAUUUUCUGCAUUUGCAAGACUCUAUAUUAAAGAUAUAAAAGAAAUGAGAGAAUCUAAACAGGUGCCAGGUAUAUUCUUUUAUAAUGGACAUCCAAUAAGACAGGUGGAUGUUGUUGGGGUAGUGGUUCAAAAGAAGGAGAGAGAUGCCUUUUAUAAUUAUGGAGUGGAUGAUAGCACUGGAGUUAUAAAUUGUGUCUGCUGGAAAAAUCCCAUGGUAGCAGAAACACCUUUAUCAGGUCAUCUAAGCACAUCCAGCAGUCUUACUGUGUUUGAACAGAUGAAGAAACUCCAAGAAAUAGUGAGCCAGAAAACCAAGCUGGAGAUUGGAGAUGUUGUCAGGGUCAGAGGUCACAUCCGAACCUACAGGCAACAAAGGGAAAUUCAGGCUUCGAGUUUCUAUAAAGUUGAUGAUCCUUUGUAUGAGGUUCAGAUUUCAAGAAUGCUGGAGCUCCCCUGUCUCUAUAGAGAAGUUUAUGAUAAACCUUUCCAAGGCCCUGAGGAAGGACAGAGUGGCCUUGAGGGUCAGAAUCUCUCAAUCCAUAUGCUGCAUGAGAAAGUGCAAAGCUUUCUAUUAGAAAACAAAAUUCAGACCUUUUACCAGCAGGAGCUGGAAACAAUUGAUACUCUGGUGUCACUGGCAGAUGUGCAUCUACCCAGUCCCAGCUGUCAGGAGGUGAAGCCAAAAGGGAACUCCAGUUCCAAAAGGAUUCACAAUUUUUUUAAGGAAGCAAUAAAGAUGCUACAAGAAAAAGGAGUGGUUUUUCAGAAACCUGGUAGCUCCAAGGACUUAUACCAUGUGACUGACCAUGAUAAGGAACUGCUUAAAGUGACCCUUGGUGUGAUUAAAGAAGACUGUAGAAAACCCAGGCAUGCUGACAAAGGCUGCCAUUUCCUUCAUGUCCUAAAUUGUGUUCGGCAGAGCUACAACCCCUCCCUGGCUGAAGUGGUGAUGCACCGUGUCUUGGAACUGCUGGAGAGUAACAGUGAUGUUGUCAGCACUAUGGAAGGAUAUUAUAUGGCAUUUUGAAGAGAAAAGACAAAUACAUUCAUUCUAGUCCAUUCAGGAGGGGAGAAGAAGGAGAUGUUGAGUGACUCUGAAAAGCUUUAUUAGCUGAUAUGAUCUCGAUAGGGGAUAAAAAAGAGCCUUCUGAUUCUCCAAAUGCUGGUUUUGUCCAGCUUCAGAGAAGUUGUUUAAAUACUUGUUAUUUCUUGUGACUUCCUUGCUAUUCCUAGUGAGAGUUGUAUCAGACUGAUUCUGGACAUUCUAAUACAGCAGGGGAGCUGGAAAAGAAACUGGGCUCUUUCCUUGGAGUAAGAUGAGACAUUGGCCAUCCUCAUGUUUACAUCCAGUGGGCUGUAAAGAAAAGUCACUGAU